AAUGCCACCUCACAUUUCCAUGGAGGAGCCAAAGGCCACAGCCUGGUCAAAUUGGUCAGAUUCUACCACACUAAAACCCAUCAAGAACACUGUCAUUGUGCUGUGGUACUGGCCCUUUGGCGGAUCGGUCAGUCUUGCUGAUAAUUACUGCAUGGAUAACUAUGGCAUUCCCAACUGCGACGUAGUGGGCAAUCAGUCCUGGUUCCCCAAAGCAGAUCUGGUGGUGUUCCACAACCGUGAGUUGAUGAACGGGCAGCGGAGGUUACCCCUGAAUCUGCCUCGGCCAAAAACCCAGAAGUGGGUCUGGCUAUCCUUGGAGAGUCCUCCACAUAAUGGGAAUAUGAGGCCCCUAGCCGGCCUCUUCAACUACACCAUGUGUUAUCGCCGGGACUCAGACAUUUAUGCGCCGUAUGGGUGGCUCGUGCCAAGCAAAGCUCCGAAUGGCACAACCGUUGAGGACUUUAUACCAAAGGGCAAAACUGCUCUGGCCUGUUGGGUGGUGAGCAACUACCAGGAUAGACAUGAGAGGACACAAGUGUAUAACAAGCUGAAGAAUGUCAUCCCAGUGGAUGUGUAUGGAGGUGCAAGAAAUAAGCGGAUCUCUGGAGAUAGUCUCCUACCCACAAUAUCUCGUUACUAUUUCUACCUCUCCUUUGAGAACAGCAUUGCUACAGACUACAUCACGGAGAAAGUUUGGAAAAACGCCUUUAUGGGUGGAGCCAUACCGGUGGUUUUAGGUCCGCCGCGGGAACAAUACGAGGCGGUCUUGCCAAAGAACUCCUUCAUCCACGUGGACGACUUCAGCACAGUAGAGGAAAUGGGCAUCUUCAUGAAGGCUCUGGCUGCGGAUAAAGAGCGCUACGCUUCCUACUUUGCCUGGCGUCUGAACUACACCGUUGCUGUUGCAGGAUGGGCGGAGAAACUGUGCAGGAUCUGUCCAAUUAUUAGCAGCCCCAAGCAGUCAGAGCAAAAUGGUGUCCUGUCCAACAAGCGACUGUCAUCAACAGGUUCUCCCCAGGGUUGUGUUCUGUCCCCUCUUCUGUUCAUCCUCUACACCAAUGACUGUAGGAGUGUCUAUGGAAACAGACAUCUCCUCAAGUUUGCAGAUGACACUGUUUUAAUCAGUCUGCUUCAGGAUGGAGAGGUUUAUCAUGGGCCAGUGGUGGAUGACUUUGUGGAGUGGUGUGACAACCACUUCCUGAAGUUGAAUGUCAGUAAAACCAAAGACAUGGCCAUUGACUUCCGGAAAAUCUCCUAUGCAGCUGCUCCGACAAUAAUCAAGGGCUCACCAGAGAGUGUGGACAGCUACAAGUACCUGGGAACAGUCUUGGACAGGAACCUUAAAUUUGACCUCAACACAACCGCAAUCUGCAAGAAGGGCCUGCAAAGAUUGUAUUUUCUGAGAAUGCAUUCAAUGUGGACAAAACUUUGA